AGUUGCAUCAAAACCAAGCUGGGCGGACGAAGUUGGGGAAGAAUUUGAUCCACUUCCCCUUGAAACUUUCGCCGACGAAAAUGGUAUUAAAACUGUUGUCGAGUACAAAACUAAUGACGACGGAAAAAAAGUAAAGGUUACGAGGAAGAUUAAAAAAACUUUAAUUACAGAGCGCGUUAACAAAGCUGUUGCCGAACGAAAGAAAUGGGCAAAAUUUGGCGAAGAACGUGGUAAAAAAGUUGGUCCUGAUCUUAGCACUACAAGCAUUGGUGAGCAGGUAUUCUUGAAGCUUUCUACUAAUGGCAAGCAUACCGAGGCUGAGGAUAAUAAAAUAAGUAUAAAGAAGCACAAACAGAUUCUUUGUCGUAUAUGUAAAGGUGAUCACUUUACCACUAAAUGCCCAUAUAAGGAUACACUUCAGCCGUUAGAUGAAAUUAGUACUACCGUCCCAGAUGCGUCAAAAGAAUCUGCACCGGCAGCAGAGCCGGCACAACCUGAUACUAGUGGAAAAUAUAUCCCACCAAGUUUACGAGGAGAUCGUAAAGGUAGCUCAGACACCAGCACGUUUAAAGAACGCAAAGACGAUGCCACCAUUCGUGUUACAAAUCUGUCUGAAGACACUACUGAAGGAGAUAUACAUGACCUCUUUCGUCGAUUUGGUGGUAUUUCUCGAGUCUAUCUUGCUCGUGAUCGAGAAACAAAUGUUUGUAAAGGGUUUGCCUUUGUUAGUUUUCAACUCCGUGAAGAUGCAUCCAAAGCACUGCAGGCUAUUAACGGUUAUGGUUAUGACAAUUUGAUUCUUCGUGUUGAAUGGGCCAAGUAA